AUGACGACAAAUGAGCUGCCAGCCCUAAAAAUUUAUUGGGAUGGUACAAUAUUAUCGACUCCGGGUGGAGUUGAUUAUGUUUCCGGUAAAUCAGAACUGGUUGAGCUGACGAGUGUAGUGAAUUUUGCACAACUACAAGUCGUAAUUAGAAGGGUAAUUGGGCUGAACGAUGCUGACGAGAUAGUUAAGAUUUAUCUACGAGUGCCUCGGUUCGAUGAACAUGGAAGAUUUCAAAAAUAUGAUGGUUUUCCUAUGGAGACAGAUGUUCACAUGGAAGCAAUGUGGCGUAAUAUUUCGCGGACGCCACAAAUGAGGGUACUUGAGUUUUAUAUUGUGUACAACCCGUUAUCUCAAGUACGUGUGGAUGUAGACGACUGUGCGGAUGUAGACGACUGUACGGAUGUAGACGACUGUGUGGAUGUAGACGAUGGUGAUGAUUUUAGUGAUGAAGAUGAGGAAGAAGAACACUUCUACGGGGCCGUUGCUGAUGACAACGAGGAUGAUGAUGAUGAUGACAUCGGUGGUGAGAAUGGAGAUGGCACCCAUGGUGAGAAUGUCGGUGCUGGUAAAGAGUUUGAAUUGGGGAUGGUUUUUAGUUCGAGGCAUGCUGUCCAGACAUGCGCGACGAGUUAUCACAUUGCAGCUAAUAAAGAAUACAAGAGCAGUCAAACAAUUGGUAAAACAAUAGUUCUUGUGUGUGUGAACAAUGACACUUGCAAUUGGAGAUUGCGUGCGUCGCUUUUAAAAGGCGAGACAGAUUGGAUGAUAACAAGAUAUAACGGCCCCCACCAAUGCAGCGGCCAAUCAAUUAACCAAGACCAUCGCAAUUUAAGAGCGCGACAGAUAGCUGAACACAUCGACACACAAUUGCAUCUGCAACGUGACAUUAGGAUUAAAACGCUUCAAGAGGGCAUUUUUCAAAAACUGCGAGUUAGGCCUGGAUACAAAAAAACUUGGUAUGCCAAGGAAAAGGCCAUUGCAAACAAGUUCGGACAAUGGGACGACUCUUUCAAGGAGAUUUGUAAUUUUAUGACGAAUGUCACCGUUGCUAAUCCCAGGACAGUCUGGCAUGCUACCGGUACACCAAUUGAAAACAAUCCACAAUUCAGAACUUUCAAGCAUAUGUUUUGGACUUACGAGCCAGUGGUGAAGGGUUUUCAGUAUUGCAAGCCUGUGGUGUACAUCGACGACACCCACACAUAUGGAAAAUACGAAAUGACUUUGCUGAUUGCUUCUGCAAUUGAAGGAAACAAUCACAUCAUGCCGAUAGCUUUUGCCAUUGUGAAGUCGGAAACUGCCGCAUCCUGGAGGUAUUUCAUGAGGAUGUUGAAGAGGUAUGUUUUGGGUGAGCGAAAGGUGUGUAUCAUAUCUGAUCGCGGCUCCGGUAUUAUGAGUGCCAUGGAGGGGCCUGAGUGGGCGGGUGAUACCCACAAGUGGUGUAUUAGACACCUAGUGAGCAACUUCCACAACGCCUUCAAGAAAAAAUAUCUCAAAGAGCUUGCUGAAAAAGCUGGUAAUUUUCUUGUCAUUUAAUAUAAUACAUGAAUUUUUGGUUGAUGG